UAGGCGCGCCCUGCGAAUCUGUGAGGAAAACACAUGGGUGUCCUUAAAUAUGUUUUACAAUCUCCUAUUUCCGUUCAACUUCAUUCUCUUACCCUAAACUUGUCGUCGCAGAUAGAAAAAACAUGCUGUCAAUCUGAUUCCACAUUCUCGAGAUUCCUGUCAUCUACUCAUCGGACACUACUAGCUAAUCUGUUUUUAUUUCGUCACUCAGGAACGUUAAUCGUCCGUCGUUUACGUGAAAAAUAUUUCAGCUUACACCCAAACAUAAAGACAGAUUCUCGGUUGUUUAUAACUCAGAAAGUUUUACUUGGAGGGUCUUUAAUUUCAUUUGCUCAAGACAAAAUUACCGAUGAAGAGGUCCUAACCACUUUGAAAAGUUUUUCAAUAAAUGGUACUUCAAAUAAUUCCAACAGAAGUAGUCCAUUUGUUGUUGUGGAAGAUGAUACUAGUGAAGAGGAUACCCAUUCACCAUUUGAAGAUCGUACAAGAAACGAGUGCUCUGAAUCAUGGGACCCACCACUGACUUUAAUGAUACGGGAGUUACGUAAAACAUAUUUAAACCGGAUAUCAAUGUUUUCACGUCCUACUACGGAGCCAGUUGUCGUUGGUGAUUCUUGUUUAUCUGCUUGUGAUACAGAUCCUCAUGCUAAUGAAAUUUCAAAUGAAGAUCACUUUACUGCGUCUCUUUCGUCGUUGUUUAUGGAUUUAAAUAUUCAGCCAGAUGGUACAGGUUUUGUUGAUGAGUCGUGGGAACUUGUUUAUGAUCGAACAAGUAUGCGCGUUUGGCGUAGACCACUGAUGGUACCUCAGAUAAAUGGUGAAUGUAACCCCCCAAAAUCAAAUGUCAAGUACGAGUACCGAGUUUGUGGACAAUUUCGUGAUAUAUCAGCUUCAUCAUUUAUGGAAGUACAACUCAAUUUGGACUAUCGACGAAAAUGGGAUGAUAAGAUUGUAGAAUUGCAGUGUAUUACACCGAAUAACGAUACACAUAUUAAAGAUUUAGAUAUUAUUCGUUGGGUUGUACGUUUUCCAUUUCCUAUGGUCAAUCGAGAAUAUAUUUACGUAAGACGUUGGUGGAUUCAACCUAAUGAAUUUUCUAUGAAUACGGAGAAAUCACUUGCAUUUCAUAAAGAUUAUCCUUCAGAAUCAAUUCUUUUAUCUCAAGACAGUACAACUAAGAACAUUUCUACUAGACGCUAUGCCUAUCUAAUUUCUCGAUGCUCAGCAGAUUUUAAAGAAAAAUGUAUCCAAUCUUCUGAUAUUUUUUCAGUAAAGUCUUCAUGGGAAAACAUAAGAAAACGAGACUUUGUUCAAGUUCAUGAAUAUCAUUCUGAGAUGUUAAUUGAGUCACAUGGAGAAUUCAAUCAAAAUGGACUUAAUUACUAUUUAAUUUAUUAUGAUGAUCCGUGUCUUCCGAUUAAUGGAUCCCCAAUAAAAUUAUUUUCUGUCAGAGCUAUUGAAGAAUUUAUGACAAAACUUCAUAAAGCUGCAUUACAAUUAUGUCAUGUAGGCUUACCUAUUGGUAUUCCUCCCAUAAUAUAUGAUAAUUAUAGUAGUAAUAAUAAUAAUAAUAAUACCAAUACUACUGAUAGCGAAAUAAAACUUAACCCAAAUCCAGAUCUAUUCAAUGCAUCAAAGUUAAUACCACCAUCAUCAACACCACCUACAACGAAGAAACAAUUCAGUGGUAAAAAAUUAAAUUCCUAUUUCUUCACUGAUCGUCAUCCUUCAGAAUUGAAUAAUAAUUACAUUGAUUCAACUGCAGCCGCCUUAUCCUAGUAAUAACAAUCCCCUUAUGCUUAUUUGUAUUGCUUUGUUUAACAGUAGACUCUUCUCUUUUUUUUCUAGCGAGAGAAAUGUUCACUUCAUUAUUCCUUCCUUUUUUCUUAAGUAUUUAUAAAUAAGACAGAUGGCUGGUAUGUUUAUUACUACCACUAAGGCGAAUACCAUUUCAUGCUCUCAAUAAAAAGGACUUUCGCUUUAUUUUUGAACAUACGUACCGGUUAUACACUUUAGAAUGUGAUUUUGAUAUAAACAGUUAUAAUCUUGUGAUUGAAGCAUAUAUGAGGUAGUCUCUAUGUAGUGUUAGUUUUGUCAUUUUGAUCUACCCAUUAUGUUUACUCAAUUGUAUCUAGACACAUAGAAAUAGAUGAAUUGAUGUAUACAUUGACAUAUAUAUAUAUAUAUAUAUAUAUAUAUAUAGCUAACAUCAAUGUAUUCACUUUUCACGUUCCUUUUCUUUGUAUAUGCAUAUUCUGUAAAUUAUUUAUUUAUAUAAAAGUGUAAUCACAAUUGUGUAUAGUGUUUAGAAUAAGAAGUUAGUACUUAGUAA